CAUAGGGCUGUUGCCAAGGUGAUGUCGAUUCGCGCCGAGCUAUCCACCCUAUAAAAACAGCGACUCUCGCGAGAUUUUCAGGAACUGAAUUCAACCGUUCGUUUUGUGUACGCUACACGACAACAACAAUGGAACUAAGUUUAAACAGAGUGGAUUAUGCUCAGGUCGAUGUCACGUUGCCAAAGUGCACACGUCUGCUGCCGCCUUCAGAAGAGAGAGGAACCCAGAAAGUGGUUGUGGGAAACCUCAAGGGGGUCGUUCAUUGCUUCUCCGUCAAGAAAGUCGACGUGCAGACGGUAUUCAAGACGCUGCCCUCAUCCAGUAGGAUCACCCAUAUCGACUUGGGGGGUCCCGCUGGUUCCGUACAAGAUAAGAUCUUUGUGGCUAUCGGAUCUGAAAUUCAGGGCUUCACUAAAAAAGGCAAACAGUUUCUUAAAUUCGAGACGAAUUUAACAGAGGAAAUAAAGGCGAUUGCAGUGAACGGGAACGACCUGAUGAUUUGCAGUGAGUUCGUGUACACACAUUACUUCGACUGCAAGGAAAGUCACUCGUUUAUUAGCUCGGACGCGAUUAACGACAUUACCGUGAUUCGCAAGAAUCAAGACAUGCUGCUAUCGGUUCUCGCUUGCCAGGAUCGACUCAUUCGGAUUAUUAAAGAAGCAGAUUGCAUCGCUGAGGUAGAAUGUCUUGGUCCACCGGUCGUUAUUAUACACUGCGUCACCAAAAAUGACAACGCCGAUCGGAAUCCGUCAACUGAGCUUUUUUAUGGUACUUCAGAUGGGAAAAUUGGAGCCAUCAACAUAGACAGCCUCUCUGAACCGCAAACCGAGUGGGAAAUUGUCGACGAUACAAAGCUCGGAGGUGUAACGUGUUUGGACGUAUUUGACCUCAAUGCUGAUGGUACGAGGAAUUUGAUUACUGGGCGAAGCGACGGAAAUGUGGAAGUGUACUACUUCAACGAUGAGGAUAAGCCUGUUCGGAGAUAUUCAUACCAAUGUAACGAAGGAAUCACAUCUGUGAUUGGAGGAAUAAUCGGAACACCUGGCUACGAAGAAAUCCUUGUAACUACCUACAAUGGUUGGCUAUUUGGACUUACAACCGAAAACAAAGACAAACGUAUUGACCCGAAUUACAUCCUCAUAUCACAGGAAUCGGCGCAAAAAAUUGUUUCUUUAAGGGAGGAGGUUGAAGAUUUGCAGCGAAAGGUCGUUCGGGCCAAAGAAUCCUACCGUGCACUAGGACAACAGCCUCAGCCUGAGCGGUCUGUUUCGGCUGUUCCAGCCCUAUCAGUGAACGAUUCAUUCGUUCUAAACCAUGCUGACGCUUCGUAUAUAUUGUCUAUUGAGCUACAGGUUCCGCUCGAGUUCUUAUUGCUGCAGUGUGACGCUCCCAUGGACAUUCUCGAUUCUGAUAAGAAUACAUCUGUUGUUAGUUUCAGUCCCUGCACCCCUGCAAGUGGCAACUAUUUGCUGGCAACCUUACGAUGCCAAGCUGAAACGACGCGGAUUGAGCUUAAGGUUCGAUCGAUUGAGGGCCAACCCGGGACUCUCCGAGUAUACGCGAUACCCAGGAUGCAACCAAAGGGCGCCCAACUGCUAAAGUACCACGUUAAGCCGUUGUCGCUGCACCGACGCACGAAUCGACAGGACCUCGAACGACCUCUUAAUUCGUUAACUCUUAGAGGCAAUUUUUCACUAGCGGAAAUGCAUUCAUGGGUAGCAGCAGCCCUUCCGGAAGUCCCCACGAAGAUUGUCUCAGACGAGGAUGUGUCCUUAAAUUUUGUAUCAACAUUCCUUGACACAGUCCUCUACGCGCAAUAUCGUAGAAGUUUAGCUGUGUUCCGGUCAGACAACCUGUCGACAAUCUCGAUACUAAAAGACGCCCUCACCAACGAAGGUACCAAGAAGAAGAUUCUGCUUGACAUUUCAUGCGAUGUGAACGAAGAUAGCAUUAAGCAUAUGUUAAAAAUGAUCUACCCAAAACUUGAAAGGCAAUUACUGCUUUCACGCAAGAUUCAACUUUUAGAUGCACUUAAUGAGCUAAAGGUGCACGAAGGCGAUAUCUCCUUUAUGCCGCCUCAGUACGGAGAAAUCCUUGAGCAAGCAGCACAGCUUCAAACAGAACAUCGUCGCCAGCCAAAUCGACUCGAAAGACUUUAUGGUAUGACGACCGACCUUUUCCUCGAUGCAUACAGAUUUCGCGGCGUAAACGCAAGAGGGAAAGUUAGCGAGCUGUUGGCACUACUCGAAAGCGCAGACUUCAAGACGAUUUGUGCAUUUUUCUAUGAUACGGGACGAUAAAAUCUGCGAACUACACUUUAAAUUUCUAUAUGCCUUCGUGUUUCAUGUAUGUACAAAGUGCGGCAGAAAUAAAUCUUGAACUACAAAGACACCAUCAACACAGAUGUAUCAGUUUUAUUUCAAAUACUUUAGCCAAUUUAGAUAUGUCAGUAUAACUUCACAACUCUCAUUAGUCUCGGAUUUUGAACGUAAUAAUAAAGUUACAGUUAUGAAUUGAAGAUCCGUUCUAAAGACUCCUUGUUCAACACCAAGCAAACAUUUACGCCCGGCUGGCAUUUUGAUCGUUCUAUUCGCGUACAUUUAAUGCCUUAAUUUUGAUAAGGUCAAACGAUAAGGUGCGCCUGAAUAAAGGUCACUGCAACUCAAUGUCAUCCUAGUCGUGCUAACAAAGAGUGCCUGACUUGAUAAUCGGCACCGGUUAGUGUAAUGUCC